UAUUAUCAUUACUGUAUUAUCAUCCUAUUCUGUCUCAUGGUGGGGGGUUGUCCUGUAUUUCAACUCACUGAGGGAUGAUUACUGUUCCCCAGACUGACUGAUUGGCGAGACCCUUGCUGUGAACUUCCUCAAAUAAAUCACCGUGCGCACUUCACUACAGUAAUAUAAACUUGACCCGCAGAGCGCUAGUGAUGCCUCCCUAGGGACCAAGACUGAAGGCUCUUGAAAGCAUUCUCGUGCCUAUAGAACAUGGAGGAGUGGGAAGCAUAUUGCUCUAUUUACAACAAACCUAAAUCAAGUGUUUGUUGUAUGUAUUUUUCACUUUUAUUACAACAAGAUAACUUUCCUAUAAACAAAAUAAUAAAGAAUGAGUCAAUAUUGUAGAUGACUUCAGACAUUCUUAUUCAAUGAGACUUUGUCUACAUAGAAAUCUAGAACAGUAGUCCUACACUAUCCAAAAACAGGAUUAUAUUGAGUUGUAACUUUAUAACGACAUAAGAGUUCAAUCGAACCGUUGGCUUACAAAUAGGCUACACACGUAUGAAUGUUCAGGUAGGAAUGGUAGGUAUUUGAAGCUGAAGUUAAUAUGGCCAAAAAUAAAUAAAGUGCUAAAUAAAAAUAGACCAUUCUGUGAUAGAGGACCAACAUAGAUUGAAACACGUCGCCUGAGCUAUUCAAACUAUGUUCAUUUGUUUCUGUUAAAUCACUUAGGUCUGAACUCUAGACGCAGUUGUAUAAAUACAGAACAGGCUGCACACACAGACACACAUUCCUCCCUGGCCUACUGUAGGCUAAAGCCCUGAAGAUUUCACUUUCUUUCACUAGGUGUUCUGACACAUUUUACAUGGAAUUAGGUUAGCGGUAUAGGCUCUAGGACGUUCACCUAACCCCACCCACUCCUUUCUUUCUCACCCCUCCCUGCCCGUGCCUGCUCCAAGUGUCAGGGAAAGUAUAAAGUGGGAAGAGACCCGCACGGACGGGACAUACGCUUCUGGGCUGGGUGCAGUCAUCUCCUCAGAAAACCUCCAACAUCUUUGGUCACUUUCUCUGCUUUUCUCUUUCGCAUAACUUGGGAGCCUUUAUUUCUGGAAUAGGAAUAACUUAAAGACCAUCAACGAAUAGGCUAUCUGGUGACUUGAAUGCUAACCUAUUCAUGAUCAUUUAGGGAAGGUUUAUUACUGGAGUGACAACUUACCUACACGUGAAAGCUUCUAAAAACGAGGUUUUCAAGAACAAAAAGGGAAAAGAGAAACCGGAGCGAGUUUUGGAUGCUGCCCCUCUCCGGGAUGCAGACUCGCGGCGCGCUGAGUUUCUUGUUGUGCGUGAUGAGCUGCGCGUGGCUGCACUCAGGACUGGCCUCACGCCUGAAGUCGCCCAUUCUGCCCAUCCAGUCCGAGAGGGAGCCUUUACCAUCCAAGGGCAUGUCAGGAUGUUCAUUCGGAGGAAGAUUCUAUUCGCUGGAGGACACUUGGCACCCUGACCUCGGGGAGCCGUUUGGGGUCAUGCACUGUGUCCAAUGUUACUGCGAGACACAAAGGGGUCGUAAGGGUAAGGUGUUGGGAAAGGUGAGCUGUAAGAACGUCAAGCAGGACUGUCCUGAGCCUAGCUGUGAUGACCCAGUGCUGCUACCUGGACAAUGCUGCAAGACCUGCCCCAAAGGUGAGGUGGAGGCAGUGUUUGAUGGCUUCGAGUACUUCCAGGAGAAGGAGAAAGAGGAUGAUCUGCACAAGUCCUACAAUGACCGCUCAUACCUCAGCUCUGAGGACAUUUCCCCCGGGAGAGCCGCACUGGACUUUGUAGCAGUGUUGACGGGAGUGACAGACUCCUGGUUACCCAGCUCCAGUGGUGUGGCCCGGGCACGCUUCUCUCUCACUAGAACCAGCCUGACCUUCUCCAUCACCUACCAGAGGAUCGGGCGACCAAGCAGGGUUGUCUUCCUUGAUUCAGAUGGAAAAACUGCGUUUGAGUACAAGAACCCUAAGGGAGACUCAGACAUGGUAAGAGACUGGAACGCUUUCUGUUCCUAGGUAG